UUUCAAUUUGUUGUCUUUGGUUAUUAAAACAGUUAUUAGUUUCUUGGUUGCGCUAAGUUUUCUCGUGGUUACCAAAUAAAAGAUAUAGAUAGUCGUUUCUUACGAUAAAACUGAACAAUAAUCUAAAAUGUCCAUUUUAGCGUACAAUGGAGGUGCAGUGGUGGCGAUGAAAGGCCAAGACUGUGUAGCUAUAGCUACAGAUAAGCGUUUCGGUAUUCAAGCACAAACCAUAUCUACAAACUUCCCCAAGGUGUAUCAGAUGGGGCCCACACUGUAUGUUGGCUUACCCGGCUUGGCCACUGACACACAGACUGUAUUCCAAAGGCUUAAAUUCAGGAUGAAUUUGUAUGAAUUGAAAGAGAACAGAGUAAUGAGACCAAAGACAUUCUCAGCGAUGUUGUCCAACUUGUUGUAUGAGAAGCGUUUUGGUCCAUACUUCAUUGAGCCUGUCAUCGCUGGAUUGGAUCCAAUUGAUAACCAACCUUACGUCUGUAAUAUGGAUCUGAUUGGUUGCCCCAAUGAGCCGGAAGACUUUGUAGUGUCAGGAACAUGUUCAGAACAGUUGUAUGGUAUGUGCGAGGCGUUGUGGGAACCCAACCUCAAGCCCAAUGAGCUGUUCGAAACUAUCUCACAGGCGCUGGUGAACGCGGCGGACCGCGACGCGAUCUCUGGCUGGGGCGCGGUCGUCUACAUCAUUGAAAAAGACAAAAUCACUGAAAAACACGUAAAGACAAGGAUGGAUUGAUUUCUUUGUGUACAUUUUCUCUCUUUUUAAUAAACGUAAUAUUAUGAU